AUGACCUCCCCAGCUGUCACAGAGAUCACCUGCGGAUCGUUUGAAGUCUUCUCUCCAUCGAUUGCUGCAAAACAAGAAGAACCAGAGAAGCCACAGAAGCCAGAACUCAGGAUUUUGCUUCUUGGAAAAACUGGAGUUGGAAAGAGUGCUUCAGGAAACACCAUCCUAGGAAAAGGGAAUGCUUUUGUAUUGACAUCAUCAGAGUGUCAGAAGGAAACGGGAGAGUUUGAAGGUCAAAAACUGGCUAUAGUUGAUACUCCAAGUCUGUGUGAUUCCAGUAAAACUGAAGAGGAGUUGACAGCAGAGAUGGAGAGAGCCAUCUGCUUUUCUGCUCCUGGUCCUAAUGUGUUCCUGGUUGUGAUUCAGGGAAACUGCUUCACAGAUGAAGAUCAAGAAACAGUGAAAAUCGUUCAGAAGAUGUUUGGAAAAAGGUCAGCAUGUUCCACAUUAGUCUUGUUCACCCAUGGAGAUGACCUGAAGUUAGAUGGAGACACCAUAGAAGAAUUAAUCAGUAAAAAUCCAGCUCUCCGUGACUUCAUCCAUCAGUGUGAUGGAGGAUAUCACCUCUUUAACAACAGAGACACGGAUCCCUCUCAGGUCAGAGAGCUGCUGGAGAAAGUCAACACCAUGGUUCAGAGAAAUGCAGGAAGAUACUUCACAGUUGAAAUGUUCAGAGAGGCUGACCUUCGGAUUGUUCUUACUGGGAAAACUGGAGUUGGGAAGAGUGCAUCAGGAAACAUCAUCUUAGGAGAAAAAGCUUUUAAAUCCUCAGCAAGUUUUUCCACAGUAACACCACAGUGUCAGAAGAAAACCGGUCUGUUUGAUGGUCAAAAACUGGCUGUAAUUGAUACUCCAGGUUUAUUUGACACCAAAAAAACUGAAGAGCAGGUGAAGAGAGACAUCAGUAGCUGCAUCAACCUUGCUGCUCCUGGUCCUCAUGUGUUCCUGGUUGUGAUUCAGGCCAACAGAUUCACAGAAGAAGAACAAGAAACUGUGAAAAUCAUUCAGAAUAUGUUUGGAGAACAGUCAGCAUGUUACACUAUGGUCUUGUUCACCUGUGGGGACAAUCUUGAGGCAGACGGAGUCACCAUAGAAAACAUGAUCAAUAAUAAUCCAAUUAUCACUGACUUCAUCAGUCAGUGCAGUGGAGGAUAUCAUGUAUUUAACAACAGAAACAAGGAUCCCUCUCAGGUCAGAGAGCUGCUGAAGAAGAUCAACAGAAUGAUUGCGAGAAAUGGAGGAGAGUACUACACCAAUGAAAUGUUCAGAGAAGCUCAGAGAGUCAUGAACAAACCAGAAGCUGACCUCAGGAUUGUUCUUGUUGGGAAAACCAGAGUUGGGAAGAGUGCAGCAGGAAACAUCAUCUUAAGGGGAAAAGUAUUUAGAUCAACAUCUUCCUUUGUAACACCACAGUGUCAAAAGGAAACAGGUCUGUUUAAAGGUCAAAAACUGGAUGUAGUUGAUACUCCAGGUUUAUUUGACACCAAAAAAACUGAAGAGGAGGUGAAGGAAGAGAUUAGUAGAUCCAUCCCCUUUGCUGCUCCUGGUCCUCAUGUGUUCCUGGUUGUGAUUCAAGCCAACAUAUUCACAGAAGAAGAUCAAGAAACUGUCAACAUCAUUCAGAACAUGUUUGGAGAACAGUCAGCAUGUUACACUAUGGCCUUGUUCACCUGUGGGGACAAUCUUGAGGCAGAUGGAGUCACCAUAGAAAACAUGAUCAAUAAUAAUCCAAUUAUCACUGACUUCAUCAGUCAGUGCGGUGGAGGAUAUCAUGUAUUUAACAACAGAGACAAGGAUCCCUCUCAGGUCAGAGAGCUGCUGAAGAAGAUCAACACAAUGACUGAAAGAAAUGAAGGAGGGUACUACACCAAUGAAAUGUUCAGAGAAGCUCAGAGAGUCAUAAAUAAACCAGAAGCCGACCUCAGGAUUGCUCUUGUUGGGAAAACCAGAGUUGGGAAGAGUGCAGCAGGAAACGGCAUCUUAAGGAGAAAAGUAUUUAGAUCAACAGCUUCUUCUUCUUCUUCCUCUGUAACAUCAGAGUGUCAGAAGAAAACAGGUCUGUUUGAAGGUAAAACACUGGCUGUAGUUGAUACUCCAGGUCUGUAUGACACUAAACUAACUGAAGAGGAGGUGAAGAGAGAGAUUGUUAGAUGCAUCUCCUUUGCUGCUCCUGGUCCUCAUGUGUUCCUGGUUGUGAUCCAACCAAACAGAUUCACCAAAGAAGAACAAAAAACUGUGAAAAUCAUUCAGAAGAUAUUUGGUGAACAAGCAGCUGAUUACACAAUGGCCUUGGUAAUCCAUGAAGAUGAUGUGAAUAAAGACACCAUAGAAGAGGCAAUCAAACAUCCAGAUCUCAAAGACUUUAUCAGUCAGUGCAGUGGAGGACGUCAUGUUUUUAACAGCAGAAACAAGGAUCGCUCUGAGGUCAGAGAGCUGCUGAAGGUAAUCAACAAUCUGACUGAAAGAAAUGGAGGAUGCUGCUACACCACCAAUAUGUUUGAAAAGGCAGAGAAAGCCAUAAAAACAGAGAUGGAACGACUUCAGAAAGAAAAUCCAGAGAUGACGGCCAAAGAAGCAAGAUACAAAGCAGAAAGAAGGAACGGGUUUACUCAGGGGAUUGCUGCUGGUGCUGGUGCUGGUAUUGGUAUUGGUGCUGGAAUUGGCAUAGUUGGUCUUGGAGCUCGUGUUGGAGCCAUAGUGGGUCCAGUGGGAGCUGCAGUAGGAGCGUUAGUUGGAGGUUUUAUGGGACUUGCAGCUG